AUCUAUUUCAAAUUCCAUUAAAUUUUGUAAUCGUACUUAAUUUUUCUAUUAAUAAAUUAAAUGUUUAAAGUCGUCCUCUUUCUAUCGACUCAAUAAAUAUAUAAUUAUGACUAUUGUCGAGUACAUGGCAUCGUUGGCCCAAAAUCCCUAUUUUGGUGCCGGAUUUGGCUUAUUUGGUGUUGGCGCGGGUGCGGCUAUAUUACGCAAAGGUUUUCAGACUUCUAUGAUUUUAUUCCGCAGACAUUGUAUGAUAACUCUUGAAGUUCCUUGUCGCGACAAAUCAUACCAAUGGUUGCUACAGUGGAUCACACAAAAAGGUGCCAAGCAAACCCAACACUUAAGUGUGGAGACGUCAUUCUUACAAAAAGAUACUGGACAAAUUAAAACCAAAUAUGACUUUAUACCCAGUGUUGGACAACAUUUUUUCAGGUAUGCUGGGACAUGGAUAAAAGUAGACCGAACUCGGGAACAACAUACACUUGACUUGCACAUGGGUGUACCAUGGGAAACAGUCACUUUAACUGCUUUUGGACGUAAUAAACAACUGUACUAUAAUAUACUUGAAGAAGCUCGCACUAUGGCUUUAAAACAACAUGAGGGUAUGACUGUAAUGUACACAGCAAUGGGAUCUGAAUGGCGACCAUUCGGACAUCCGCGGCGGCGUCGUCCCUUACACAGUGUCGUACUUCGUUCUGGCCUGGCGGAACACAUCCUAGCAGACUGUUUAGACUUUAUUAACAAUCCACAAUGGUAUACAGAUCGUGGCAUUCCAUACAGGAGAGGUUAUCUAUUGUAUGGCCCUCCAGGCUGUGGCAAGUCAUCCUAUAUAAUGGCGCUAGCUGGUGAAUUAGAAUACAACAUUUGUGUACUGAACUUAUCUGAAAGAGGUCUUACAGAUGAUAGACUCAAUCACCUACUCAGUGUAGCGCCUCAGCAGUCUAUCAUACUUCUUGAAGAUAUAGACGCAGCAUUUGCAUCACGAGAAGACACACCAAAACAAAAGGCGGCGUACGAAGGGCUCAAUCGUGUCACAUUUAGUGGAUUGCUGAAUUGCCUCGACGGUGUCGCCUCUACCGAGGCGCGCAUAGUGUUUAUGACUACCAACUACUUAGAAAGGUUAGACCCUGCCCUAAUUAGACCAGGAAGAGUAGACAUGAAGGAAUAUGUAGGAUACUGUGACCAAGAACAAGUAGAACUUAUGUUUUUAAGAUUUUACAAAGCACCAGAACACGCUAGGUCUUUCGCUAAAAUGGUACUUGAACAGAAGAAAGAUGUCAGUCCAGCGCAGAUACAAGGCUACUUCAUGUUUCACAAGCACUCACCACCGGAAAACGUUUUAGCUGACGUUGAAACAAUAUGGAAACUUGGAUAACUGAUCUGUGAUAAAAUAAAUUUAAGCAAUUCCUACAAUAAAUAAAAAUGCAUAUUUGCCAGUGUUAUAUUUAUUAACAUUAAAUGAAUUAAAGAAAACUUAAACUCUAUCAUUAACAAAUUAACAGUAUAUCCCUAAUUUAACGUAGUGUAAUGUAAUAUACAAAAUAUUUAAGAUUAUAAUCUAAUAGUAAAAAAAUAACUUCAAAAUUACACAUGUUACAAGGAAAGAAUGUAUGAAUAUGUCACAAUAUGUACGAUGUAUUACCACUGUCCUUUUCAUCCUUAAAAUUACGUAAAGACUAGGCGAAGAAAGAAUGAGUAUCGCACCCACGCCAGCUAAGAUGAGGAAAAUUUAAAACAAAACCCUAUACCAGAGUCAGCACUGGUGUAGAGUAAUACCGUCAGAACUCUUAUUUCAGUAAAACGCCCGUCGAAUGGAAAGCUUAUUACAAUAAAUGGUGAUAUUUCUAUCCAGAUAAAAUAUUCGACAAAACAAAAUAUUCUUUUAACUAAUAAAGUUCCACUUAAUAGCUAGCUUUAUAAUAAGAGCUAAUCAGUCAUUAUGCCAGUUUUUGGUAUUAAAUGUGUCGAAAUUUUAAUGAGGCUAUGUAAUAUAUGUAAUUAACUUACUAUUUAAUACAUUCAGUAAAAUAUAAAACCACGUAUCACGUAGGUCUAUUAGAUACAUAUAGUUAUAAUAAGUAAAGUACGUUGAGACGAGAACUGAUAGAAAACUCGACUAAAUACAAUUCUUAUACAAAUUAAUAUUUGGAUGAACACUGUAACAAUAUAUGAACAUAAAAAUUAAAUCAUAACAAUGAGUAAGCCAAACCGUCAACUUUUUUAUUAUAAGAGACAGUAGCUAAAAAUAUGCGUAUGUCUGUUAAUCAAUCACGCUUUACCAGGUAAACGAUUUG